AUGGGUGCCCUCAGGAGACAAAGAGUCAAGUGCAAGCGUAUGACCAGAGGCUUCGACCAGGUCCGCAACGACAUCGAUUCUCCCCGCCAUUUGGAGCAGUACAUUGAGACUAAGGAUGCUGAGGAUCUGCCUGGGCUCGGUCGGCACUACUGUGUCGAAUGCGCCAAGUGGUUCGAGAGCGAGUACAACAUGAAGGCGCACACCAAGGGCAAGAACCACAAGCGAAGGGUUCGUCAACUACAGGAAGAGCCUCACAGCCAAAAGAUCGCCGAGGCCGCGGUCGGAUUGGGAGCCGUUGACAACGGCAAGCGCGCGGUGGACGACACCGUCGAAAUGCAAGACUGA